CCCCAGUCAGUGUGCUCUACCGCGACCAUCAUAGUUAGCUAAACUCUUUCUAUUAGUUUGUUGCCAUCAAUCAUCACCAUGGAAAAGGGAGAGCCUCAGACAGAGCUUGGCACCGAGCCAGAAGUGCCCAUGAUGGACGAGAGCUUGCCCAAGGAAGAAACGUUGAACAGCUCGUUACACACAGGGAAGGACUCUCUGAGCAAUGAUGAUGCUGGAGGUGUCGAUAGAUCAUUGGAAAAGCUCGAACCAGUCAACACUGUUGGAAACAACAACAGUGAUGUGGAAGAUAUCAUGCAGUCCAAAGGUAUUUUACAGACAGUUGGUGUUGACAGCAGCGACAAUAACGACUUUGAAGGCCGAAUGCAUCAAAAAGGCAUUUUGCACAACGUCGUGCAGCCCAGUGGUACGAAUCCUCAUAUUGCUCAGGUUGCCGCUGCCGCUGCUGCUGGUGGCAAUGACGGAAUACAGCCCGUUCCAGUCGCCGCACCGAGAAAUCCAGUCCAUCCAGGAGCGUUUCCCGUCCGCGGGGUGGAUGCUCGAAAUACCGAUCGAUCGGAUACCUUUGGUGUGAACAAUGACGUGGACAAUCAGGGAUUGACAUCGGAGAGUGUGGCUUUGACCGUCCAUACCGAACGACCGGACGAGAAUCUUACGAGUGGAUUGGCCGUGGCAGCUCCCGUGGUCGAGCCGGCAGAAUUGCCUCUGGCACAAGAAAUCACGUCGGAUCCUAAUAAACCCCCAUCUCCUAGUCAAAAAAGAAAUGUACCCUUGGGAAUAAUGCUCAUGAUUGCCGGAGUGAUUUUGAUUGUGGGAAUUCCUCUCAUUGUCAUCGCUGUCACAUCCUCCUCUGACGAUGCCAAUUCACAGAGUGACGGGACCAUGGCACCUUCCACGCUGUCACCCACGGCAGUGCCAUCGGCGGCUCCUAGUUUGAGCCCGGAAGGUCUCUUAUUGUCGUAUUUGCCAGACUACACGUCCGUAGAAGAAAUGUCAGAGACGAGUGCACAGGCAUUUCAAUGGGUCCUUGACGAUCCCAAUUUGGACGAGUAUCUUUUGGAGGAAUGGCGCGCCGUCCAGAGGUUUGCUCUGGCGUCCCUCUAUUAUGCGACCAAUGGAGACAAGUGGAUCAGCAAUGAUCAUUGGUUGUCCUACAAUGUUAGUGAAUGCGAAUGGUUUGCCAACCAGGACUGGGGCAUUGAAGCCAACGAAAAACGACAACUCGCAUUCCUCAAUGCCAUUUACGACUUUCCAGAUGGACCCUGUGGCAAUGACAACUCCACCGAGUACCACUACCUCAUGCUGGGAUUCUCGCGCCUCCAAGGAUCGUUGCCACAGGAUCUCUAUCUCUUGACCAAUUUGAGAUGGAUUUAUAUACUGGGGAAUCAAUUGACGGGGACCAUUAGUACUUCCAUUGGAACCCUCACUCAUUUGGAAGCAUUUGGAGUUCCGGCCAAUGGAUUUUCCGGAACGUUGCCAACAGAACUCGGCCUGUUGACAUCUAUGAAUGGAUUUUUCAUUUUUCAAAAUAAAUUCUCGGGGACCAUUCCAACCGAACUGGCACUGGCGACUUCAUUGAAUGGAGCCAUUUUGGAUUUCAACCAAUUGAAUGGACACAUCCCCUCGGAAUUGGGCACCUUGCCAGCGCUUCUCCUGCUCCAUGCCCAUUCCAACCAGCUUUCCGGGAUGGUGCCAACAACGAUUGGGCAACUCCGCAAUUCACUCAUGUCGUUGGAAGUUUAUGAAAACAAGCUGGAGGGCAACAUUCCCAGUGAACUCGGUCGGUUGAAGCGAUUGACCAGUCUCCGCCUGCAAGACAAUUUGCUCACAUCUACCAUACCCUCCGAGCUGUUCCUCCAGACCAAAAGUAUGCAGAGCUUUCGGGUUUCCCAGAAUCAACUCGUUGGCUCUCUCCCCACAGAGAUUGGCUUGUGGGAAGAUCUGUCGAAUUUGUGGCUGGAUCAUAAUGGUCUCACAGGAGAGCUUCCCAGCGAGAUUGGGUUGUUGCAAAACGAUUUCAUUCGGCUUUCCAUUUCCGAAAACAACUUUUCGGGAUCAUUUCCUCCGGAAAUCUUUAACCUGACACAGGCAAAAUUGAGAAUGCUGGAGAUUGAUGGCAACCCUUUCUUGUCCGGGACAGUGCCCUGGGAGGUUUGUGGCAUCGAAACGCGGAUUCUGUUCACUUGCCCUUCCAUGAUCUGCGGAUGUGAUUGUCCGUGUCCUGAUGAUGAUGGCAAUGGCAAUGGUUCUUUGAAUAAUGUCACUGAUGAAAGUACAAUUCCUCCAGCAUACGUGUGCACCAAUGAAACUGCAAGUGUCAUGCGGUGCAUGGGAGUGGAGGAGGAUACCUGAAUGAGCAAGCAAGAAGCAAAAGUAAUAGGAACCCUGGCUAGUUAGUUACACACACUUUAUUUAUUUGAGAGUCGACGCAUACAUCUCC